GUCGGACCACUAUUGUAGUUACUCAUCAAUUAGCUCAUAUAGCAGAAACAGAUUUCGUUUAUGUGUUACAUGAAGGUGAAGUGGUCGAACAUGGUACUCCAGCUGAGCUUCUCAAAAAUUCUAAAGGACACUAUUCAAAACUGGUCGAAGAAUCAUUAGCAACACCUAAUCCUAAAAGACGGACUCCUCAAUUAGAUCUAAUUAACAUGAAGCUAAAACGAUCUGAUACAUUACCAAUUUAUAAAAAUAAAGAACAACUUUCAAACUAUCUUACCGCUGAGAAUAUACCAACAAGAUCACUUUUAAACCGAUCAGUAAGCAUGACUUCACAAAUGGGGUGGCGAACUUCACAAAGAGCAGGAUGGCGACAAUCACUUUAUGAAGAAAGCCUUGAUAACAAUGUAGUAGAUGUUCUUAAUGGUACAGCUUUAGCAGCAAUUUCAAAACGCAAUGAAAACCGAAUUUCAUAUUUUGGUAUUCUAAGUUAUUAUGAACAAAUUGAUGAUGAAGGUAUAAUAGAAAUUUUGACCAACACUAAUGAUUCAACGAAUGAGAAACCACGCAUAAGUUUUAAAAAAAUGAUUAUAGACACAAUGCAAAAUAGAAUUCUAUAUUCUCUUGGUCUAUUCGCUUCACUCGUCAAUGGAUUUGUCAUGCCAAUAUUUUCAUUCGUUCUUGCCAGUUUGCUUAACACUUAUGCAAUUCCAGACAAAUCAUUGCUUCAACAAGAAGCCAAAAUGUAUGCGUUAAUCGUAUUAGGAAUAGCAAUUAUGAAUGGAAUUACUGCACAUGCUAAAUAUUAUUUACUUGAAAGAGCUUCGGAACAAUGGGCAAUUCGAUUACGUUAUUUAGGUUUUGGAAAAGUAUUACGGCAGCCUCAAUCAUGGUUCGAUGUACCGGAUCAUGCAGUUGGAAAAAUCGUGACAAUACUUGUUAAUGAUACUGAUACAACUAAAAACUUAAUAGGACGCUUUAUAGGAAAUAUGACAUAUGGACUUGUCUCAUUACUUGGAGGGAUGAUUUGGGCCUUUGCUAUUGGAUGGCAAUUAACUUUAGUAGGAUUCGGACUGGUUCCGGUAUUACUUAUUGCAUCUGAAUUACAAGCUUAUGUCUUACAAAAAUAUGAAAAGAAUCAAAAAGUCGCAAAUGAAGAAGCAGCAAACUUGUUUUAUCAAAUGGUUUCUAGCAUUAGAACAGUAUUUUCACUUGCUAUUGAAAGAGCAAUGCAAGAGAAAUUCCAAAUAGCACUUAGCGUUCCAUUUAAAAUUGGAGUUCGCAAAGCGUUCGUUUGUGGACUUACAUCUGGACUUUUGGAAUCAUUUAGUUAUUUUUCAAAAGCCUUAACAUUUUGGUAUGGUGCACAAUUAGUAUCUCAAGGAACUUAUGAUCUCAAAACGAUGCUACAAGUUUGGACAUUAGUUAUAUUUUGCACUACUGCGGCUUCACAAAUGUUAGCUACUAUUCCAUAUUUCGCUAAGAGUAAACAAGCUGGAAAGUCAGUGGCAAGGAUACUUAGUUUAUCUGAGGAGGAUACAAUUUCUGGUAAAAAACUUGAUAAUAUGCAAGGAAAAAUCGAAUUCAGAAACAUUCAUUUUUCAUAUCCUGGACGACCAGACGCAAAGAUAUUGGAUGGACUAGAUUUAGAAUUAAAAUCGGGAGAAUCUGUAGCAUUAGUUGGAAGAAGCGGAAAUGGAAAAUCUACA